GGAAGAUGCAGUCGCGAUGCUCCGAUCCUUCGAAACAGAUGAUAUAGUGCAUCCUGCUGCUCCUCAAGAUACAGAAGUAGAGCAAGCUAUAUCUAUAUCUAAGCGAUCGAACAAGCAGAAAAUAUCCGAGCUAGAAAAAGUCCGAGCUAGUGGUUGCAAAAAUCCAGCUGGAAAAAAUGCUGUCACUUCUCGCGACUUCACCAAUUUCUGUUGGGGACUAGCUCUAUUGCAUAUUCGCCGUGCGCAUGAAAUUCCUCAAAACACGACAUCAUCCAGUUCAAAAACGGCAUCAAGCCCAAAGACGGCACCCAGCUCAUUUCCGCCCUUCAGUUUUGAGGUUUUGGAAAACUGUCUUCUCGGAAUGCGCGAUGUAAAAGGGGAAAAAGCGAAGAUAGGUGAAUGGAUCCGCCUGUGGGAUGUUGGGUUUCUUGGCUUUCCAGAUUUCAGGUGUAGGGCAGAGCAAGCCUUUACAACCCUCUGCUGUAAUGCAAGUACAAAAAACACAAGGAAAAGUUCUUUCCAAGGAGGACAUACAACUACGAGCGACCCUAAAAGCGACGAAAUUCGUGAAGAAAUAAAACUAGAAGGGGAUUGCUCUGCCAGGAGUCCCCCAGCUGGGUUGGCUGCGUUGCUCGAUGUAGGAG